AGCGGCAAUUCAUCAAUCGUUUAGUCAAAUAUGAGUGUAUAAACAUUGCCAAAGUCUGAUCCGCACUCGCUCCCAACGCGUCAAUACCGACGGCGCGCCACCAUCAAGAUGCUAGCAGACGGUAAGAUCGACUCGCUAGAUACGCAUCUGGAGCAGUUCAAGCUCAAUGAUCAGAACAGACAAAUCGAUCUAACAAAUCUCUUAAGAGAAUACGGUCAGCUGCUUGACGAGUACAAAGACUUAAAGAAGGCAUAUGAAGAGAAAGGCAGAAGUAAUGUCGUAAAGCCAGCAGCUGCAGGCGCCUCUACCGUGACUGCAGCAAUAAAGCCUCAAAAUCCUUAUGUCUUGGUGUUGAUAGACGGUAACAACUACAUCUUCAACGAUGAAUUCGUUCGCGAAAAGGAAGAAGGCGGAAUGCGCGCCGCUCGUAUGCUCAACGAAGCUAUAGAGAAGUACCUACAGCAAAGCGUUCCACAAGCCCGUUCCGCCCGCAUUCAUGUCAAGAUCUACGCGGACUUGACAAAUCUAUCUAAGCAGCUUGCAAGAUCUAAAGUUAUCGGUUUGGAAAAGCGAUCGCUAUCUCCAUUCUCUGCCGCGUUCACUCGGGCCAUAAGCCUCUUCGACUUCAUUGACGCUCUAGACGAAGAAGGCACUAAAUUCAAGAUUAGAGAACAGUUUAAAAUUGCUAUCGAGGAUACAGCUUGCAGACACAUCUUGUACGCUGCUUGUCAUGAUCCGGCGUAUCUAGCUCAAUUGUCGCCCUUCAGCGGCAUACGCGACAAGAUUACCCUUGUCCAAGGCGCUGGAUGGAACUCAAAAUUCCACGAGUUUGGCCUGGAUGUCACCCAGUUUCCAACCAUCUUCAGAUGGUCCGAACCUUCCGCUGCUACACCAGCCAGCAAAGGCGCGUCAGCUACAGUACCUAAGCAAAAGGCAGUAGUAAGACCAAUACUUAAGCCUGUGUCUCCAACUCCUCGCAAAGAAUCAUGGAGGCGAGAUGGCUCUUUUAGUGUCUCAGACUCCGCAUUCGGCGAUCUAUCGCCUACAGAAACCAAUGGAUUCGAUGAACAAGACAGCGUUGGGUGGGAAGGACGAUCCGCAAACACUCAAAACGUCAAGAACGGCUCCACCUCAAACCCACAAAAGGACUCUCAGCUCUGCAAGUACUUCCGAAAAGGCUUUUGUAGCUUUGGCGAAAAAUGCCGCAACCAGCAUGUCCCAAAAGGUCUCGACGGCGUAAACGGCUCUACCUCAUCCCCAUGUAAGGCUCCGGCUGCCACAUCACAGGCAUCCCCACAACUCACAGACCGUGGCAACAUCUCCGCCAUCCUGCCACGAGCGCUAAGACCACACGGCUUCAUCCCCCUGAAUAUAUCCCACCAACGCAUAGACGCAUACCGUCCCUCACCCUCCGCAUCAGCCUGGAAGAUCUACAACGCACGUUUCGCAAAAGCCAAACCAUGCAACACCUUUCACCUGCAGGGAAAAUGCACUAAUCGUCCCUGUCUUUUUGACCACAACCCACUGGAGCCUGAAGCUAAGCAGGUGCUGGAGUAUGUCUUGAGUUGUAAUCCUUGUCCAAGGAAGGGGGCGUGUAGGAAGAAGGAUUGCUUUUAUGGCCAUCUUUGUCAGAAGGAUGGGUGUAUGGGGCAGAGUGGUGGUGGUGGCGGUGGGGGACCGAAGGCGUGUCGGUUUAAGGCUGAUUUGCAUUAUAAGGCGGAGGAGUGUAAGCUAGAGAGUUUGGUGCCGGCGAUGGAGGAUGAAGUGGCUGUGAAAGAAGUGGAGAUUGGUGGGAUGCAGUUGAUUGAUGGGGAAGAUUUUAUGUGGUAAUAUUACCGGAAGUUGCGUGAACGGAUGCGUCCAUAAUAACUUUGUCGUUCAGCAACCUCGACGCAUUGCUAUCAACCCUGUCAAUCCAUCUUAGCUAGGAAUGUCCACGGUCACUGGCCAUGAAACAAGGUUUCUGCUAAAACAACGUAGAUCCUGUAGAGAUGUUAUCUAUAUGAUCCAAGACCAC